AGCAGGAUAGGCAAGCAGGCUGGCGGUAGGGUGGGCAGGCGAGAUCGGUGGUGGCGGUUUCUGGGGGAUUGCGAGCGCGAUCCAGGCGACCGCUGAAGCCCUACGGGUGGACAGAGGCGCUGCCUCUCUCCCCCUUAGUCGUGGGGAGGCAUUAAUUUCGCAGGUUCAUCUUUAACACUAAGGUUGGGCGCGUCAGCCCCCCCCCCUUUCCAUCAUCGCCUCUUGCUGACGAUCUAGGUGGGGGAGAGCGCGCGGGGCUGGAGAGGCCGAUUUCGGCACCUCCCUGCUUUUUUCUUUUUCCCAAUUUUGAUCAUUAUCAUCAUCGGGAAACAAUACUGAUAGUACCGACCGAAAUUUGAAUAGUGCCACAUUUGCGGGAUUCACCGAGCCAAUCUGAGAGCGUUUAAAAGCAGCUGAGUCUUUAGUUUCUGCUGAAGCGUGUCUUCUUCCCCAGCCCUUUUACGUCUCCCCACACUUAUUUUAUUGACACUCUUUCAAAAUAUUCGAGGGGAGGCGUUGCAUUCCUCGCCGCAUCUUCCUAAAAUCCAGAAUCCUGUUCAGGAGGAGGAGACGAGGAAAGAGCAACCAGAUACUGGUAAUGCCAGGUACAGUCUUUGUAAGGGCCCUGUUCUGAAGAAGAUCCGAACAAGGCAUUUGUGUGCUUUGAAUGAUUACUCUUCUAAGCUUAAUAUUCUUUUUUCCUUUGUUUAUUCUCCUUUCCAUGGACGUAAUUUGAGGAUUAAACCUCCCAACCAAAUUACUUUAGUUAUCAGAACAACAGUUAGGUGUGGACCAUCAGGGUACCAGGCAAAAAUAAUUCCCAUGACACCUUUCUUUUUUGGAGAUUCAAUGACCAAAUCAUUCUUGAAGAAUCAAAAGGCACUGAGAGGACUUGAUUAUCCUCCAAGCGGGUGGUAAAAGGGAGAGGCAAAAGAGAAAGUUCCAGAAAUACCUCUUGUCAGAAAGGAGGGCAGAAGCAACAGUUCAUAAGCAUUGCUGUUUUUCUCACUUUUGUCUGAUAUAACUUCCAAAGGAUACCUAAAGUCUGCAGAACUACUUCAAGAUGUGUAGCUCUGUUGUUCCCAGGCUCUGGUUUUUAACAGAUCGACGUAUCCGAGAAGAUUAUCCUCAGCAGGAAAUUCUAAGGGCACUUAAAGCCAAAUGUUGUGAAGAGGAUCUAGACUUCCGUGCUUUGCUGAUGGAUGAAGUGGUCUUGACCAUUGAGCAAGGAAACCUGGGUCUUCGGGUCAAUGGAGAACUCAUCACUGCUUACCCACAAGUAGUGGUGGUUCGUGUACCAACACCAUGGGUGCAGAGUGAUAGUGAUAUUACAGUCCUUCGCCAUCUGGAGAAGAUAGGCUGCCGGCUAAUGAACCGUCCACAAGCCAUACUUAAUUGUGUCAACAAGUUCUGGACAUUCCAAGAACUGGCUGGUCAUGGUGUGCCUCUUCCAGAUACUUUUUCUUAUGGAGGUCAUGAAAACUUUGCCAAAAUGAUUGAUGAAGCAGAAGUGUUGGAGUUCCCCAUGGUUGUGAAGAACACACGAGGUCAUAGAGGAAAAGCUGUGUUUCUAGCCAGAGACAAACACCAUCUGGCAGACCUGAGCCAUCUAAUUCGUCAUGAAGCCCCUUAUCUAUUCCAAAAAUAUGUCCAGGAGUCUCAUGGCAAAGAUGUUCGUGUCAUCGUGGUAGGAGGCCGUGUCGUGGGCACUAUGCUGCGUUGCUCAACAGAUGGUAGAAUGCAGAGCAAUUGCUCACUUGGUGGUAUAGGUAUGAUGUGCUCGCUCAGUGAACAAGGGAAACAACUGGCGGUCCAAGUUUCUAACAUCUUGGGGAUGGAUAUCUGUGGCAUCGACCUCCUUAUGAAGGAUGAUGGCUCGUUCUGCGUCUGUGAGGCCAAUGCAAAUGUAGGUUUCAUUGCCUUUGACAAGGCUUGCAAUCUAGAUGUAGCUGGUAUCAUAGCGGACUAUGCCGCUUCACUGCUUCCUCCCGGUCGCUUGACACGACGCAUGUCCUUGCUCUCUGUGGUAUCCACAGCUAGCGAGACUAGCGAGCCAGAGCUGGGACCUCCAGCUAGUGCCACUGUCGACAAUAUGAGUGCUAGCUCCAGCUCUGUCGACAGCGACCCUGAAACCACAGAGAGAGAGUUGCUCACCAAGCUGCCGGGGGGGAUAUUCAAUAUGAACCAGCUAAUAGCCAAUGAGAUUAAGCUCCUAGUGGAGUAAUGCCACAUGUAAAUAACUAUGACCAACUUUCUUGUAAAUUUUUUUAAAAUACAACCAACUUGUAGUACUGUUUAUUGGAAGCAGCUUAUGGAGGUGAGGUGAGGGUUUUAACUUGGGGAAUCAGAAUCAAAACAUGCAUGUUCUAUGAAUGCUGCUUUUGUUACCUAUUAAUCUUACAGAACAUAUGUUUAGUUGUUAUUUUUAACAACUAUUUUUCAUUUGAUAAUAUUCUGUUUAAAGUCUGCAUUGGGAAAUGGGAGAAAAAAACUCGAUAAAACUUCUGUUUUUGAUAGGGAUGCCAUUAUGAUCUUUGAACUCAUAUGAAAAUGUUUCAUCUUGAUUUAUGAUAUUUGCAACUGGAAAGGUUGAUGCUACAAAAGCACCCAUGAAUUAAUACUUUGCCAACCAUCCCCUCACCUCAUUGGAGCUCAUUCUUGUUAUUAUAUGCCAUUUGCUUUAUGUCCUAUAGGAGUGGAGAGAAAUUAGAACAGCCAUUUUUUUAUUUCGUUCAAAGGUUCUAAAUAUCAGCAUUUCUAUUAUCAAUAAGAUCUGUAAAAUUGUAUCCUGACAAACAGUCCACAAUGGCCUAUGAAAUUCCAGACUUUAAGCAGUUUUACAGGGUGCAACUUUGAUUAGUUCAACACGAGCUUUUGAAAUAAACCUGCAACUUCUGCCAUUUCUGUAUUAACAGAUGUCCGCAUGCUUAGAUUUAAAACCAAAUUCACUUUCCUUGGGAGAAAAAAAUUACUAUGUAUCUGGAUUUUAAAAAUAAUCUUAAAACCUAGCUUCAGGUCAGGAAAGGGAGAAACUGUGUAAAAUUCAGUUUGGGCUAUUGGCAGAAGUGGCAUGUUUUCUUUUGCACAAGAACUGAGAUAAACAGCACUGUUAACUUUUGGUGUACAAAAUAAUGUUUAAUCCAAUAUGAAAAAGAAUAACACUAGUUUAAAACAAAUGUGCAUUGACUUGUAUUUGUUAGUGUUUUAGUCCUUUUUGCAAGAUAUAUACUGUGUUACUGUUUCAUUUUUAAUACAUGCUCGUCCAACACUUCUUUCUCCAUGCCUAUAUCUUUAACAGGGGCCCAAUUUGAAAAAUACCUGUACUACUCAACAUCACCACUAAUAGUAACAAACUUAUACAAAAAAAUCUGAUACCUAGAAAAUAUGGGAGGGGUGUGGAGGAGGGUUGAAAUGGUUGCAAAUUUCAAAACUAUAUUUUGUAAAUUUAAUGCAUCACUAUUAUUGAUAGUAGCUUUCCUUUAUAGAAGGCAUUAAAAUCUAAAGUGGCCUGAUUUACCAAGGAUAAAUGCUGAAAGAAACAAGAAGGUUUUGGUUUUGGUUUUGGGAAACACUUUGCCAGUAAGGCCCAGCCAGAAUGGGAAUAUGAUUUAACACCACCAGUGUGUGGAUCUCAGUCCCCUUUGUAUGUGUCUGUAUUUUGCUUUGUUUUUGUCAAUAAUUUUUGUCUGUCCAGUUCGUCAGUCUUUUUUCCAGAAUGCCUGAUGAUCUCCUCUCCCAGUCCAUCCCUGAUACUUCUGGCUGUGCAUUUUCUUAUUAAAUUUGGUAAAAGAACCAAAACAACAGCUUUUGGUCUGUUUUAAUGGCCUCAUUUUCCUCCUCCUCACCCAUUUCUCACUCAUUUAUUUACUUUGGAGUUUAUACCGUAUUAAAAUUAUAGAAAAAUGUAAAUAAAAUUCUGUUACUUUAAAAAUAGCCAUCCACAACACGACACAGUAUAAUGUUUGUAACAGCAAGUUGGCUUAUGAAAGGGUUUUGGAGGGUGGGCAGCUUCUGUGUGCAGGGUGGUUUUGUCUCAGUGCUUCAGAAUAGCAAUUUACCCUCCAGAGCUCUGAGCUUCAUUCCACUGGCCAACUUCACCACUCAGCUGUCUUAACUUUCACUUGGGUAUUAAACACCACUUGUGAACACUUUACAGAGACACUAAGAAUAAAUAGAAAAGUGUUAGGCUGCUUUCAUGAAGGUUGAUCAUGCCUAUUUGUACAGUUUUUUAAAAUGCAAUAAUGAUAUUUUUGUAGAAUUAAAUGUUAUUGUUAAAAGCAAAAUAGAAGGAUGAUUGUUGGCAUUAGCUGAAGAAGCAAAAGCAAUAUUUUAGAGUGUGUAGGUUGAAGAAAAAUACAAAAGUUUCCAUUUAAAAAAAAACAAAGAAAAAGAAAACCUCCAAGUAGCUUUCUUUCCUUUUGCUUUGUCGCCUUUCACCCCUUUGUUAACUAGAUGUGUGCCUUCUAAAAUACAGGAUUCUUUAAAGGAUUGCACAUCUUUCAGAAACAUGAGCAAAGAAUUAACCUUAACUGGCAGAAAAAUGUUGCAACAUUCACAAGAAACAAAGUUGACUCCAGAAGAAGCUUGACAACUCUGAUACUUCUGAUUUGGGUUAUCUGAGUUUCUCCACUGUUUGAGGAAAACAGUUUGUGACAAAUGUUUUCCACAUGAAACUUUUUCAAAGUAUAUAGACCCAAUUUACACCACUAUAAAUGCAAUGGAAUGUCACAUAAAAUUUGUUCUGAAUCGUACACAAUGAGCACAUUAAGGGAUUUUAUAUUUUGGUUUAUCUGUUUGCCAUGUGAUGGCCAUGUGUGUGUUGUGGUUAUAUUGGAAAGAUGGAAAAGAGACUGAAUAACGUUUGGUUAAAGAAAAGUCUCACACAUUGUUGAAAUAGAACCUAGCAUUGCAUGUUAAAAUCACUUAAGAAAUUCUAUGCUUGAAAAAAAUGGGUUGAUACAUUCCCUCCUUACGUAAUGUAACUUUAAAAAAAAUGUUGUAGAAGAAGUUUUAAAAAUAUUACUAUUGGUAAAGAAAAUGAAUUGAGUUUCUAAUAACUAGGGUUUAAGUUCUGUAGAGAGUACUGCUACACAUCACACUUCCCAGGAAAAAAAAUAUUGACAAGUAUAUUAAGAGUACCAACAUUACUUAUCAUAAUUUGAAAUUAACAACUAGGAAAACAGAAUUGAACAACUGGGAAAAUAGAAGCUGUAGUGAAUUUCAGCACAGUCAGUGAUUACAUAUAGCACUCAAAUGGAACCAGAUUUGGGGGUUGGAUGGUAAUGAUGGAGUUCGAUGGUGUACUGUGUGUUUUGUUUGUGCUUUUAUUUUACAGAUGCUAUGUUUAUACUUUUUUUACUGUAUAGAAUUACAGGUUGUAUUUGUAGCUUUGUAUCUUCUCAGAUUUUAUAUUGUUGAUAAAACUUUCAUUCUGGAACACUUUGGUAGAGCAUUAAUAACAGAUGUUGGGAGGACAGCAUAUUUGUGGACUACUUUUGUUGUUGUUGUGUUCCACCAAACUUUCAACUUGUCGGAUCAAACAACAUUGACUUUGUUCAGCAAUUUAUCAUAGAAGAUAUGUCAAGAAAAAUGCUUUGAACCUGUGAAGUUUGGAAAAAAAAUAAAAAGACAGUUUUAGAAGUGCUGCAUUGGACAUGUAUGAGACUUGAUGAAUACUAUUUUAAACUUCACAUCUUCCCAUUUAAUAAAAGCAGAGCUCAAGUUGGUUAAAUGUAUAAGGGUUUAAACUAUGUAAGAUGUAUCAACAUGUACAAUUCUUUCUCAUGGCUCACUCUUUUUGAGAAGGUUUAUGAGCUAUUUGGCUGGUGUGAGACUCACGACCCACUCCUGUUCUCUCUAUGGAAUUGUAGGUGCUCAGACAGGUAACCUCUGCUGCUACUGUCUCUUUCAUUUUUAAUUUUUCACUGUUCUAGGAAUUUGUAAAAUAUUAUAGAAUUUAUGACAAAAGGUUAUCUUUUUGCUUUCUUUUUCUUUUUUUAAUAUAUAUUUGAGUGUAUUGAUAUUGGAGGGUGAAUUUUGGGAUGUUCUGAUGGUGGCUUGGGCCAUCGUUGGAAAUUUCUGUAUUCCUCAAGUUACAGUUUUCAGUUGAAUGUCUUUUAUUUGUUUAAUGCAUUGUCAAUAACUUGAUGUUUUGGGGUGGGAAUUUGUAACACUUAAGGAACCACUGUGUAAUACAUAUUCUUUUUUUCUGAAAGUUCUAACAAUUCACACUUUCUUACUGUUCUUUGCAAAACUUUUCAGGAGCCAAAAAAGUCAAACAAUCCAGAGAAAAACUUCCCUUCUCCCCUUUCUGGUGACAAGAGAGAGAGAGAGAGAGAGAGAGAGCGCUUGUGAAAAUCCUUGAGAAUGUUCCUCCCUAAACUUCCCCCCCCUGUGGUAAAACAAUAAACGCAGAAGCCUGGUGGCAUCCAAUACCGACCCCUUGGCAGGUAACUUUCAGCUCUUGAUCAUCCCAUAUUAGCUAACGCUACUUUUCUUUCUUCUCUCCCUCAAUCAUAAUAUGAUUACAUAAUAUAAUAUGUAAAAGAUUAAUUGUUUUGAAGCAAAUGGUAUUUCUUUUCUUGUUUUUCAUUUUGUAUAUAUUUAGCAGAAUUAAACUUUAAAGCUUGUUGUGAUCCAUGUGUUCAAGUAGGAUCAUAGCAAGACAAAUUUAAGCAGUGUACAGUGACAGAAAGAAGGGAUGGGAUGGGAUGUAACUCCUCAGAUUCUGCCAUCUCGAUCUUCCCAUGUAUCUAUCUCUUCUUGCUGCCCCUUCCCCCAAUAUACAUUCUUGGCUUAAGUUUUACAGGGCUUUGAUUCUUUCCAGGGGCACAGUCAGCACAAAACUAAUCAGCAUCAAUUAACAGGUACGAAAAUAGGAGUAAAAAGUUUAUAUAAUUUUCUAUUUCUUAUAGCAGGGCUUGGAUGGAGGCAUUGUGUACUUGUGAAAAGUCAGAGGUUUUAUUUCUGGAAUUUUCCAUAUGGGUUGCUCAGUAUACUGCUAUUUAUUGGUAAUAAUAACAAUCUGAAUAACUUCUUAAUAUUUUAUAUUUGAUUUAAUAUCCAAAUUUCUGCAUAAACAUACAACAGCAAUGACAUAACCAGUGGAAGAAAUAAUUGCUAAUAUGAAAGAAUAAAAUGUUUCAGAUGAACACUCCCCCAAAUGAUUUUGCAUGUGAGCUCACACGUCUUAUUACAAGAAAAAUGUUUUCUUUUGUCAGUUUAAUUUUAUAGAUAUAUGCUUUGAAAUUUAAAAGAGCCAAUAUAUUCAGCUAAAAUAGAUUAAAAUAGAUGAAAAGUAGUAUUUUUAUGUGGAAGAUUUGAUAGAUACUGUUACACUACUAUUUCUCUAGCUUCUAUUUUUCACAAAUACUUAAUCUCUCCCUGACAUAGCUAACUUUUUUGCAAAUUUAUUUGGAACAAAAAAUGGCUACUCUGCAAAACUCUUAUCAAAUUGUCUUCCCUUUUUAUUUUUGACCCAGAGGCAUUGCAAAAGGGAGAAAUACUAGAUUAAAAUUGGCUGUUGAACAGACUUUUUUGUCCUUCUCUUGCCAAUUUUUAGGCUUUUUGACACAAUCUGAAUCCUACUUUCCUACUUGAAAAAGCUAAACAAGAGAAUUGUAAAUUGUUCCUUAUCAUUGUCAAAGCCCAUGCAAAUUAGCGGUUGCUGAAUUGGUGGAGAAGAGGAAAAGUGAUAUCAAAAUAAUAGGAGCCUGUGUAUGCUGUUCAACAAAAUUAAAUUUUCACUUUGCUUGCACUAAAAGGGCAAUCCAAUGAGGCAGAUAUUUGACACUGCCCAGAGUUCCAGCUUUCAGGAAAUGCUAUUUUACUUUUUAAUGUUCUAUGUGAAUUAAGUUUGUGAAUUGUAGAGUUUGGUUAGAAAUAUACUUGAAAAAAGAAAUAGGGUACUAUGAAAGAGGAAAAUAAUAACUAGGUAUGCUUAAUGCAACAGAAAAUCGUUUGUGUUGAAAUGUGAUGGUAACAUAACAGAAGCAUCUGGUAGCAUUUGUAUUUUUAAUCUGCCAUGUAAUAGCUCCAUCUGUAAGGAUAUCUUCCAAAAUUUAUUAUCUUGGUCUUCUGUCCAAUAUUUUUCUAAAGGAGAUGGGAGGUAUGGGAAGAAAGGUUGUAGUGAACUUCAUGCCUUUAAAGGAUCCCCAUUGUAUGAUUUUUCUGUGAGCUGAACAAGAACUUCUUCUAUAUGCCCUUGUGCUGCAACAGAAUAAUAAAACUGGUAGGUGGCAGCAGAAGAAGGAGCUUAUACAGAUGGCACCCGAGAACAGAGAAUGCUGCCAUGUGGGGAGAGAUGGAUUCCAAAAUAUUAGCUGAUGUAACGUGCAAAGAUGAGAGACAGCUUCCUUGACUUGUUACUCUGCAUGGUGAGUCUGACCCUUGAUCAGUUCUUAUUCACCAUAACGGAUAUGUUAAAUCCACAUUUCUGUUUAAUCUGGAAUACUGACUAAGGGAGCUGGCAAAUUUAGGUAUUUCUCUUGAUUUCUUUAUCACUUCCUUAAAAAGAAUUGUAAGCCAUUAUUCUCAACUUUUUUCCUUUAACAACUACAUCCUUAUGUUAACUAUACAAAAGUGAUGUUGGAGAUGAAUUAUCACUUUCUUCUAUCCUGCAUUGAUGAUUCUAUUCAUGCGCAUAGAAAUGAAAUUGUCACUAAGGAUGGGAAAUAUGUUUACAGCGUGAAUAGGAUGAGAAUGAAGCAAUUUCUUAGGAACACUUAUCUCCAUAAGACUAUUUGCCCAGAGGAAAUAUGCUGUGUGAAACAGAAAACUAGGAAUAGAAUUCAUUAAGAAGAAAAUUUCAGCAUCUAAAUAAAUCACAAACAAAAAUGUGUGCUCUAAAAAGAUCAAAAUUAAUUUCCUUUGGCUCUAAUAUUUUCUUUAUUAGUCUUUUCAAAAUCAUGCUUUGAACCUCCCAAUUUUUGAAGCUUAUUAGAAAUUAGUUGUAGCACUGCAAAAUUGUGAAUCAGAAAAUUUCUUUUAGCUGUUGUUAAUAGUGUAAGAGGCAUAUCAUGCUUAAUCUCAGAGUUGUGUAUUAAGCACAGUGUAAAUCAUUCAGUAUCUUAUAAUUUGAAGAACUUUCUGUGACAAUAACAAUAAUUUCCUCACAGGUGAAUUACUGUGAUAAUUGUAAGAAUCUAUGUAGUACUUUCAUUUCUAGGAAAGUUGUCCUAGGAGGAGCAAUUUAUUUGUGGUGCCAUAUAUGUGAAUGUGGUAUGCAAUUUGACAAAGUUAUCUCAAGGAUUUUAUCAUAUGCAAAAGAGGAAUGUAAAGGAAAGAGGAAGGAAGGGA